AUGCGUGUGUUCUGGUUAGCGGUGGUGUUACUGUAUGUAGGUGGAGGAAAAUGUGCUUUUCGAAAUUUCGAAGCUCUAAAGACAAUCGUAAAUAUAGGUGUAAUUUUACCACCAAAUACCGUAACCGAAGUGGCUUUCGCAUCAGCUCUGGCAAGAGCGUCGAUGGAAAGUGAAAAGUACAAUUUUGCAAUGAAAAUAGUUUAUGCUCCACAUGGAGACAGUUUUGCUGCCUCUAAGGCGGCUUGUGACUUGUUAGGUAGCGGUGUGAUAGCCAUUUUUGGACCAACUGACGCUACUUCUGCUGCCGCAGUAGGAGCCCGAUGCCGAGCAGCUAGAGUACCUCAUAUACAAGCUAUAUGGCAACCACCUUCAGUCAGAGGAACGGAACCUCAGAGUCCACCGGGCAUUAAUUUAUACCCUGAAGCCGUGGCCUUAUCAAAAGCUGUCGCUCUAUAUAUAAAAGACACUGAUUGGAUCACAUAUACACUACUCUACGAUGAUGAACAAGGUCUAAUAAGACUGCAGGAAGUUCUUAAGUAUGCAGAUAAAGGGCAUAAGUGGCUUAUACGUAAAUUGAAACCUGGAGAAGAUAAUCGCCAACUGCUGAAAUCAUUGAAAGCAUAUGGAGAAACCAGGGUUAUUAUCGACUGCCCUUCUGACAGAGUACUCGAUUAUUUACGACAAGCAUUUGAGGUCAAGUUCUUUGAAGAUUACAUGAGCUACGUACUUAUGUCACUGGACGCACACACAUUGGACCUUCAAGAGCUAAGACAAGGACUAUCAAAUGUGACGUGCCUAAGGAUAUUCGACCACUCAGACUCAAUAACAAAAUCUUUCCAUGCUGAUUGGAAGGCUAGAGCGUCGUCGGAUAUUAAAGUUCCUCGACAAACACAUGAAAUAACUGUCGAAGCAGCCUUAGCUAGUGAUGCUGCACGUUUGAUAACUGAUGCUAUGAUACAUGCUCCAGAAGAAUUCAAAAUAGAAGCACAGGCAAUCCAGUGUGACUCAGACGAUCAGUGGGAAAUAGGAGAAGAGUUUAACCAUCAUUUACUAACGAAUCCAAUAACUGGUAUCACCGGUCGCAUUGCUGUGGACAAUACGACUGGCGAACGUACAAAUUUCGACGUAGAAAUAAUGGAACUAUCCAACAGUGGUUUCAAUAGCAUUGCAAAAUGGAAUGCUGAAUCCGGUUUCCUAUAUUCUCGAUCAGCAAAUGAAGUAUCUGAUCUCUUAGCGGAGAAAUGGCAAAAUAAGACCUUUAGAGUCGUGUCUCGUAUAGAUGCUCCAUACUUAGUUGAAAGGAUCCCAAAAGAUGGCGAAGUUUUAACCGGAAACGAUAGGUACGAAGGAUACUCAAAAGAUCUAAUUCAUGAAAUAUUGAAGGAGACUUUACAUUUAAACUACGUACUUGAAAUUGUCCCAGGCAAUGGGUAUGGAUCUUACAAUAAAGAUACAAAAAAAUGGGACGGUUUAAUUGGACACCUGCUUGAGAGGAAAGCAGAGUUAGCUAUUUGCGAUCUAACUAUAACCUAUGAGAGGAGAACUGCUGUCGAUUUUACAACACCUUUCAUGACAUUAGGAAUCAGCAUAUUGUAUUCAAAACCAAAACCACCAGAAACUGAGCUUUUCUCGUUUUUGAAACCGUUCUCUGUCGAUGUCUGGAUUUACAUGGCUGCUGCUUAUUUGAUGGUAUCACUGUUGUUACACAUAUUGGCCAGAUUGGCUCCUAAUGAUUGGGAAAAUCCUCAUCCUUGCGACAAAUCUCCAGAAGAAUUAGAAAAUAUUUGGCACAUCAAGAACUCCUGCUGGCUCACUGUUGGUUCUAUAAUGACACAAGGAUCCGACAUUUUGCCUAAAGGUUAUUCCACACGAUGGGUGUGUGGUAUGUGGUGGUUCUUUGCUUUGAUCAUGUGUUCGUCUUACACCGCAAACCUUGCAGCGUUUCUUACUAAUGCGGCGAUGGACGAUUCUAUAAAAAGUGCUGAAGAUUUGGCCAUGCAGACUAAAAUCAAAUAUGGGGCGGUAACUGGAGGAUCAACAUCAUCUUUUUUUAAACGUUCGAAUCACUCAACUUAUCAAAGGAUGUGGGCAGCCAUGGAGUCUGCUCGGCCGUCAGUAUUUGUCAAAAAUAAUAACGAAGGCUUAGAAAGAGUACUAAAAGGCAAAAGAGGAUAUGCUUUCUUAAUGGAAUCCACAGCUAUUGAGUAUCAAUUGGAAAGAAAUUGCAACUUAAUGCAAGUUGGCGGUCUACUAGAUUCUAAGGGAUAUGGCAUAGCUAUGCCGUUUUAUUCUUCAUACCGAACGGCAGUUGAUAAUGCGGUUUUAAAAUUAGCUGAGAGUGGUAAAUUAGUAGAACUUAAAAACCGAUGGUGGAAGCUUUCUGAAAAGGAAGCAUGUGCUGCCGAAGAAGUUGCAGAAGAUGCAGCGGCAGCAGAAUUAGGUGUAGAUAACGUUGGUGGUGUAUUUGUUGUACUGGGCAUAGGUUGUGGUAUGGCUGCUGCGAUGGGAGGUUUCGAAUUUUUGUGGCACGUGAGAAGUGUAGCUGUUGAGCAAAAGAUGACUCCAACAGAAGCAUUUUGGGCGGAACUGGCAUUUGCAUUAAGUUUCUGGGAAACAGAGAAACCCGUGCAGCAUUCCCGGUCUUCAUCCUCAGCAUCUGGAUCAAAUAUAGCUUCGAGAGCCUCAUCUGUUCUACGAUCAGCAGUGGACUUGUUCCACCUUGAUGUAUUUAAUAAACCAAAC